AACCUACGAGUCUUUUCUGUAGGCGAUUCGAGCGGCACUCCACAUUAGGAAUUGAUAUUGAGUUUUCAAUACACAGCCUACUGUCAGAACUGCUCAAUCGCCGAUCUACGGAAAAUAGCCUAUCAACGGCAAAAGAAACUUGCGCAAGAAGUUUCCAGUUGACUAUCCUUCGCGUAGUCAACUUAAUACGGCGGACCGUAGUCCGAUUUGUUCCCGUCAGCAACACCUUAUUACGAGAUAAAAUUCGUUAUCGGUCUUUUUAUUUGUGCGAUAUGUUGAAUUAUGAGCAGAUCAAUAGAAAUAAAUAAUUAAGGAAGAAACUCUGGUACCAAAAACACCAUUACUUUGGUAAUGUAACACUCUCUGACAUGAAACCCUUACAUUAUUUCGUCGUAAAUUUUUCUGCUUUAAUAGAUAGGUAAAUAUUUUUGUACAUUUACUUUAUUAAUUAAAUUCACGUCCUAUACAGGUUUUUACGCUUUAUCAUAACGACUUGUUAAGUUGAAAAUAAUAGUGAAAGAGAAGAUAAACGAAGGAAAAAAAACUGUUUCCGAUAAUGGCGUAAUGUGUGAGGCAGUGUAACCGCAAAUGGUUCCAGCUUAGAUAACGUGCCUGUUAGUAACAAUGGUUACUAUUGCACCAGCAAACAAGCAAACGGGUAUGCUUUGAUUCCCUGGCAGGUGAUCAACUAAUCGCAAUUAUUCCAUCGAUUGCCGGUAGCAGUCGAUUACCUUUUUCCUUGAUUCAAUUAUCAACGCCACCACUCUGUCGGUUAGGUGGAGAACUGGACGGGAGUAGAAAAGAAUCGUGUGAAAAUUACAACCAGUCCGCAUCUAACCAGGAAGAGCAAGGUUGACAAUGCAUGUAAAAAGUGUCUUCAUUAGUACUCACCGGUGCCGGCUAACCGUUGAUUAUGUUGCUUGGUAAUGUUUCCGUAAAGAUUCGAUUUUUUUUUACUUGCAGCAUAGUUGCUUAGUUUUGUUUCUUUGACGCAAGCCCGUAAACUUGUAUUCCGGCUGCCGCAGUGUCGCUAGGCAGUGGCUGAUCGACGAUGCGUAAAAUAUGUAGGUCAAUGUAUAAACUUUUGAUUUUGUUUAAAAUCUGUAGAGUACAGUAAAUAAUCAAUAAGCAAUUGAAAAACACUGCUUAUUUAUAAUAGACAAUUUUAUUAUUGUGUAAAGCUUUUGGAACACAAACUUCGUUGUUACAUAAAUUUUAAAUUGCAAAAUUAAGUUCAAAAAUUGCACAACCUCAAACGGCACCGUAACACUCCAUUUCCCUACCCGAUGGAGAAUUUUCCUUACCAUUUCCUCGACUACUAAUGAACCCUAUUGAUUUGAUACCUAGGCCCUACACACCGUGUACAACUAGCUUCCCUGCCGAGUGUGCCUCCCACCACAAAACUAAACGCAUUUAGCCGACUAAACAUUCAUUGCCCUUCCGAUAAGCAAGAACAAGAAAGGGCAGGGUUCACAUAUAAAUAUCAAACGACACUUUGAAUCUAACACCAGAUAGUCUGUAACACUUCAGUACACACUAGCUGUCGCGUAAGGGCGCGUAAAGAAAAGCAUUUCUGACAGUGGAAACAUUUAGUGAUCGACACGUGUCAAUAAAAUGAGCGCCGCAAGAAGUACACUGUUCGUACUAUUUAGAACGAUUCUAAUGAUCGGCAUACUGAUCGGUACAAAAUAUUGCUCCGGGCAGCUGCGUCGAUCGGAAAGCGCUGAAGUAGGUCGACGGGUGCAAAACUAUGACGCCCGAUAUCAGCAGCAGCCGGCACAUGAGCUUGGCUUCGGGUACUAUUACCAGGCGGACAUCAUGCUGCCAACGGAGCCCCAAAGCCAAGAUCGACUAUCGAUAGCCGAGGAGCAUACAUCGACCGUGUGGCCGAACGCGAUUGUACCGUACUACAUCUCGCCGGAUGAAUUCAAACCGAACGAAAUAUCCAUCAUCGAAAGAUCAAUGAAUGUGUUCCACACCAAAACGUGCGUCAGGUUCGUUCCACGGACACCCGACACUCCCUAUUACGUACAGAUAACUAAUCGGCAGGCUGGCUGCUACGCUACGGUAGGACGGGUGCAAGAUAACAGACAGAAUGUGAUGAACCUGCAGGCCCCCGGAUGUCUAUUCGGUGGCACGCCAAUACACGAGAUGAUGCACAUUUUGGGCUUUCUGCACGAGGUAAGCCGUCCCGAUCGGGAUGACUACAUCUACGUCAAUCGAAGUGCUCUUGAGCCAAGGUAUCAAACGGAAUCAUUUUAUCGAAACAACUUUGCGAAAUUCGAACAUGAUGUGGAAACGUACAAUAUUGACUACAACUAUGGAAGUAUCAUGCACUAUACACGGUUUGCCGGUGCGAAGGAUCGCAAAUACCCGGUGUUGGUGAAUUUGAAACCAUACGAUGAAGCAGACUUCGGGAACAGUACGCUGAGCCCUUCCGACAUCGAAAGCAUCCAGUUCCGGUACUGUCGUAAUGCAAGCGGUCUCUUCUGGUUGCAACCAUUUCAACUACUUACCACCACAUUCCUGGGAUCACGAUCGUCUCGCUCCAGAGGAUAAAAAAAAAAGUUUUC